UGUUUGUUACGUAUUUUCAGGUAUAUAAGAUGGCUACAAAAUGGGGAAUAGCCAGCUCUGGUCUAAUCAGUCAUGAUUUCGUGAACGCAAUAUCAAUCCUUCCGGCCUCAGAUCACCAGGUUGUAGCGGUUGCCGCUAGAGGUCUAGAGUCGGCUCAAAAAUUUGCAAACACUUUCAAGAUUCCUAAAGCUUAUCAGGGAUAUGACAGUCUUGUAUCUGACCCUGAGGUUGAAGUAGUUUAUAUCGGAGCUACUAACCCUGCACAUUUCCCUAUUGCUAAACUAAUGUUGGAGGGUGGGAAGCAUGUACUCUGUGAGAAGCCCCUGUGCAUGAACAUGAAGGAGACUACUGAAUUGGUUGAACUUGCACGUCAAAAGAACUUGUUUUUAAUGGAGGCUAUUUGGAGUAGGUGUCUACCAGCCUACCAGGCGGUGGAGAAUGAGAUCAAGAAAGGAACUAUCGGAGAAGUUAAGAACGUUUUUGUUACUUUUGGGAAAAAGAUAGAAGCUACCAGACUUCACACCAAGGAACUGGGAGGUGGAACUGUGUUGGACCUUGGAGUGUACUGUGUACAGCUGGCUUCCCUAGCGAUGGGAAAGGUUGCCCCUAAAAAGGUGAUCGCUGGAGGUCAUCUCGGUCCCGGAGGAGUUGAUGAAAGUACAUCUGCAACCGUGCUUUACAGUGGGAAUCGAACCGCCACCCUUGUAACCAGCAGUCAAGUUGAUUUACCCGACGAAGCUUAUAUAGUUGGAACCAAAGGAACUAUCAAGGUUUGCUAUCCAAUGUGGACUCCUACAGAGAUCGAGACCCCUGGAGGAACACAAAGCUGGGUUCUUCCCACUGGAAACAUUUUACCCUUUAACUACGGGAACGGUGGGAACAUGACGUUCGAGGCUCAGCAUGUCCGGGAAUGUUUACUGGAUGGACUGAAAGAGUCUCCUUUGAUUAGUCUAGAUGAAACUCUGAUCAUAGCGCAGAUAAUGCAGGAUAUUCGGACCCAGGCGGGAGUAGUCUAUCCUCAGGACGGAUAAAUUGAUAAAUUGUUUGUUAAUUUUCUGGUAUUUAGUCAACCGUUAGAAUUUUGAUUAAGUUUGAUUCAUUGUUGUUUUUGAUUGAAAUUGAUUGUGAUAUUAUAUUUAGACUUUUAAGAGUUUAUACCCACUACCUAGUCGACAACUAAAUCCCUGGUGAAUUGAAUUGAAAUUAUCUCUAGAUUUAUAUUUUUAUACUAGACAAAAUAUGUGCUGCUGCAUUAUUUUGAAAUAUGUAACGGAAAUAUUGUUUUUAUUACAGA